AUCAUACGAGCAAUGGUUGACUUAAAAUUUGGACGAUGUACUUUUUAAUCUCGUUGAGUGAAAAGGGUCUGAGAAUCCAAUAGACGGUUGGUCACCACACCCAUGACAUCGAAAAUUACAUUUUCCUGUGCGUGUGUGUGUGUUCGUCGCGGACAUUCCGCCCAGUUCGCGAAAAAUCAAAAGUAUUAAAAAGGCUGUCCGUCGUGGCGUCGCGUGACUACGCUCUAGUUUACGCGGUGAGGGGUGUUCCUACCGCUCUCGAGGAGUUCGUUCGGUGUUAUUAUAGUUCUGCCCGUUCGGAUACUCAUUUGUGUUUUACACUUUACACAGACGUCGGUCCGGUUCUCACUCUCCCGUGCCAACAACUGUAUUUCUGACAAAUUAUUAAAUCUGUUCUCUCGGCCGAAGACUUGCGCGGAUGCUUAGUUAUCUCCUCGUUCGUCCUUGCAGCAGCGCAGGUUCAUUACAACACGACGUGUAACCCACCACGGGCGGCGGCGACGUUAUGGGCAACAAGGCGAUGACUUUCACCGAAUCGCAGCUCGAAGAUUAUCAGGACUGCACUUUUUUUACCAGGAAGGAAAUACUUAGAGUGUACAAAAGGUAUAGAGCGAUUUGUCCAGAAGUAGUGCCUAAGAAAAUGACUGGAGACGAACCGGUGAAAAUCAGAGUGCCACAAGAACGAAUCGAACAGUUGCCAGAACUCAAGGAAAACCCUUUUAAACAACGCAUAUGCCAGGUAUUCUCGAAAGAAGGUAAUGGAUCGUUAAGUUUCGAAGAUUUUUUAGAUUUAUUGUCGGUGUUUAGCGAACAGGCGCCUAGACAAAUCAAAGUGUACUAUGCUUUUAAGAUUUAUGAUUUCGAUGACGACCAUCACAUUGGACCUGCUGACCUUGAACAAGUGCUAAAGCUAUUGACGCGCAGCCAACUGUCAGCUGAAGAGAUCGUUCAGGUAUGCGAAAAAGUCAUUGAAGAAGCAGACGUAGACGGCGACGGCAAACUGUCUUUCAUGGAAUUCGAACACGUUAUACUCAGGGCACCGGAUUUUUUGGGCACUUUUCAUAUUAGAGUGUAGGCAAAUGCCACACAGUGAUGACAAUUUAUUAAAAAUCACUUAAAAAACUUGAAAUGUUUACGUUUAUUACUUUAUUUUUAUUAGUCUAAAAAUAGUAUGUACAAUAAGAAAACUAAGAUAUAAUCAAUUGAGCUUUGAGACAUAUAAUAUAUCGGUAAACUAUAAUAUAAUUACAUUUUGGGACAUGCGCUCAGGACUUAAUAAAUGUUUUUAAAUGUUUACAUUAUUAUUUUAUGGCAGAUAGUUGAUACACUUCAAGUGUACAACUAUAAUAUAGGUAACCUAAAUACUUUUCGACACAAUUUCUUGGCCAGUAGUUUAGCAUUGUACAUUGCAAGGGAACAAAC